AUGUCUUCACUUCUGGCCCUGGCUGAUAUCCCUACUGUGGCACUUCUGUACCGUACGAAGAAGCUCGUUCCUGUGUCCUCAAGAUUUCCGCCCACUCAGUCUCUCAACAACACGAUCUCUAUCAUCCGCAAUGACAUCACCAAGCUCCAAGUGGACUGUAUUGUCAACGCUGCUAAUCAGACUCUUCUCGGUGGUGGCGGUGUGGACGGUGCAAUUCACCGAGCUGCUGGUCCCAAGCUACUUGAAGAAUGCUACCAUCUUGACGGAUGCGAGACUGGCGAUGCAAAAAUCACCUCCGCCUACAAUCUGCCUUGUAAGCGUGUGAUUCACACAGUCGGCCCAAUCUACAGGAAGGAAGAGGACCCCGUCGCACUCCUUCAAUCCUGCUACCGACGCAGCCUGGAAUUGGCAGUCGAAAACGGCAUGAAGAGCAUUGCCUUUUCUGCUAUCAGCACCGGAGUCUAUGGUUAUCCCAGUCGAUACGCUGCUGAGGAUGCCAUCAACGAAGUGCGAAAGUUCCUCGUCGGACCUAACAUCGGAAAGCUGGAGAGGGUCAUCUUCUGUAACUUUGAGCAAAAGGAUGUGACCGCCUAUGAGGAAUCUAUUCCGAAGUAUUUCCCUCCCACACAGGAGGAUUUGGCUGAGAGUAGCGAUGCUUGA